UGAUUUCUACGGAAAACGUGACCUUACUGAUUUAGCAAUGUUGAUUUCGUAUAACAUAAGACAUGGCGAAAAAGAAAAUAGAAAUAUUUAUUGAAGUACAUAAUGAGAAAGAGUUUGAACAGAUUCUUUUUAGCAAUUUUGAUAAUAUCGUAUGUGCCGAAGUGUAUAGUAAGUUUGUUGGGUCCUGCACAGCACUAGACAGACUAUUCACGACUAUCAAGCUAGACUGGAGUGACGGGAAAAUGGUCUUUUUGAAAGUGCCUGCAGACGAUAUAGAAUCAUUGAAAAGAUUUCAUAAUCAGAGUGAGCCUGUGUACUUGUUUAUAAUGAACCAGAAAGUAACGAAGGUAUUACGAGGUGUCAACAGCUUGAAGUUCGCUGAAGUAGCCAAGCAAGAGUUGUAUUACUACAAAAAACAACUAGAGGGCGUUGUUUUCGAUCGGCCUAUGUACGAAAUAGACGAACCCACUCCUGAUGAAAUGGAUUGGAUGAACGCUCGAGCAGCGGUAAAGGAGCAAGAGAUUAUAUCUUCUACUGCUCGUCGCGUGGCUCGUCAAGCGGCUCGGAAGCGGCACCGAGCCGAGCUGAUGGUACCACAUCUGCGAGAAUUGAACUUCGUACUCUUCUGGCCUCAUUGCAAGCAUGCGCAUCCUGAGCUGUAUGAAAGAUGGGAUGUGAACAACAUAAUAAUGGUAGGUCGUGAAGAAAUACAAUUGACUAAGGAAAUAGCACUGGAUAUAUUGUACGCUGGUGACGCGCCGAUAAACGAAGCGUCCAUGUACGAACUGUUGAACGGCGAAGCUUUAGCGAUAUGCUUCAGAUUGCUCGACACAGAGAAACAUUUCGUUUCUUUAGUACGUAAAAUCCUUUACGAAGAGAUACCGCAAUACGAUGAAAACAAGAGUUUAGAAGACCAACUGCCGGCUAUGACUGCAUUCGAUUUUUACAAAAGUUAUAGCCCGACAAAAGAGGAGAUAUUGCAACGAAAACAAGAAGAAAGGAUGAAACAGAAGGAAGAAAUCAAAGAGAAUCGGGCUCGGCGACUCUCUGAGAUGCAACGUCUGGCCCGCCAAGCUAUCGAGGAGGCAAGAGAGCGUAAGAGAGCUGAAAAAGAACAACAUAAGUUGGAACUGUUAAAAGCUGGGAACCUUUCUGCCUUAGAGCAGUUGAAAAUGGAACCAAGUGAAGAAAAUAUAUCAAUCGUUGUUCCAGAGCAACUCUCAGAUGAAGAAGUGAGCGAUGAAGAAGAAAUCGACAUAGGCUACUGUCCCCCUCCAGGUCUAUUGAUACCUGGCUUCUAUGCCCCUCCAAACGACAUCGCUAAGGCUAACGCGUUGGCCAUUUUAUUUCCUAAGUUGGUCCAUGAGCACGUGACACCUCAAUCCGAGUUCCUGCCGCCUCACGUUUUAGUCAUGCUUGAUAUAAACAAACGGUACAAAGCUAUUGAUGUCCUGAAGCAUCACCGAAAUGCUGUAUUACAC